AAGUGUGAGAGCCUGCAGUUUUUUAGGCAGAUAAUUGAAGCCGUAAAAUAUAUUCAUUCACAAAAGCUUAUUCACAGAGACCUUAAACCUGCAAAUAUUCUUUUUAAUAAAGACAUGGUAAUAAAAAUAGGGGAUUUUGGCCUGGUGGCUCAAAUGACCGGCGAAGAUGAAAGCAAAGCACGGGAACGAAGUCAAGGAACUGGCACACCUACGUACAUGGCCCCAGAGCAGAAAAAUGAAAGCGUUUAUGAAAAUGAAGUGGACAUUUAUGCAUUAGGAUUAAUAUUAGUCGAACUUCUAUGGGUAUUUGGCACAGGGCAUGAGAGAGUAGAUCAAUGGAAAAAGAUCCGUAAUGGUGACUUGCCUAUGGACUUUUCAAAGCGUUAUCCUGUUGAGGUCUGUGAAAUAAAGAGAAUGCUCUUAAAAGACCCUAAGAAAAGACCAUCAGCUGAAGAAUUACAUAACAUUUUUGAAGCGAAUGAUAUUCUUGACUCAAGAACACAGUAA